AUGUCGCUUCAAAAACUUACUGCUGAAAUAUACAGUGUAUAUGAUAAACAAGACUAUCAAAAGUGUCAACAACUCCUAGCACCCAUCAAAAUUGAAUUGAUCAAACACAACUUGUUGGUGCCAUUGGAUUCAAACACUCAAACUGAAGACCAAGUCAAUGAUCUUAAAAUCGCCCAAAGAAUAUUGGAGAUAGGUGCUUUAUCAUCAUUGCUCACCAAUAACUACUCUGGAUUUGAGAGCUAUUUUGCCCAGUUGAAGCCCUUUUACACCAAUGGUAAAAUUCACAAUUUAAACAAACCUCACCUAAACACCGACUCAACCAAAAUUAUAUCAUUGUUUUUAUUAUAUCUUUUAAGUCAGGGUUCAAUUUCUAAAUUCAAUGUUGAAUUAGAAAUGAUCUGCAAUUCAAAACAAUAUGACGUUGAACAUGAUAAGUUCUUAAAAUUCCCCAUUGAUUUGGAAAGAAACUUGAUGGAGGGAAACUAUAUCAAGAUUUGGAAUUUGUUGAAGGAAGAUUCAAACUUACCAUGUAAAGAAUUUACUCAUUUUGCUGAUACAUUGAUCAAUGCGUUGAGAUUUGAAAUUGCUAAGAGUUUGGAAAAGACAUAUGAUUCAAUCGCCAUUUCCAAUUGCAAAAGCUUGUUAUAUUUACCUCAAGAAUUGAGUGAUUUAACAUUUGAACAAACUUUGAAAGAAUCAUUGGACUUGACCAAUUGGAAAUUUGAUCAAGGGGUAAUUUACUUCACUAAAGUUGAGAAUGAAGAGACUGUUGAUAACGAAGCAAUCAUCAAAAAUGUGUUGGGUUAUGCUGAACAAAUAGAGUCAAUUGUAUAA